AUGGCUCUUGUCUAUAAAGUGCUUAAAGGGAGGAGCAUCGAAAAACCUAUUAAAGGAAAAUAUGCAAGAGAUGAGGACAUGGAGAGUGAAGCCAGUGGCUUUAACUUUGACUCAGAGACUGAGGGUGAUUCAGAGGAGACUAGCCAAAAAGGUAGGAACGAGGCUAAGAGGAAAAGGAUUGUGGUGGAUUCAGAUAUUUCGGAGUCUGAGGCCGAAUCCUUUGAAGGGAAAUUUAUUAAAAAAAAGAAAGGGAAAGUUACUGGAAAGAAAAUGCAGAGGAAGAAGACCAGCAAGGAAAGCAAUAAAGAUAUUAGCCAAAUCCUAAUUGAUUCUGAAGAGGAGACAGAGGAGAAUAAAAAAGAUGAGGGACAGGGUAAGGAGGGGGAGGAGAACCCGGUCACAAGCAACAUUGAGGGUUUGAACACCCAAGGUAUGCAAAAAGAGGAGCAAGAGGACAAAAGUGGUAAGCUUAGUGAUUGUGUUGGUGAAAAUGCGACUAUAAAGGGCUUUUGUGAGACCGUUGGUACAAUGGUGAAGGAAAUAGGUAGCUUGAAGAAAGAUAUGAUGACUGUCAAAAGAGCUACGGUUGGUGAGAAACCCCUGACGGAAAAUGUUAAAGAAUUGGCAGUUGCAAUUAAUAACGCGAAAGCCAUUGAAAGCAAGGUGGGUAAAAUUAUUGCCACUAAAAAAAAGGUUAAAGAGAUGGAAGAAAACAAGGAGGUGAAGGGGAUGGAAACCGCUAUGAACAAUCUGGAAUCUCAUAGAGAAAGGACCAAUCAGCAUAAGAAGGUAAUACCUGCUCCCAAGACUGCAAAUGAGAAGAAAGGGGAGAUCAAGCAGGUAUGGAGGAAGACGGAAGAGAAUAGAACCAUGGAUUGGCACUGUGCAUUCAAUGCACAGGAAGUGAACAUAGUAGUGGACAAGGAUAGUACUGAAGUGAAAAAUGAUAUUGCUAACACUGAAAGCAUUGAGCAACUGGUAGAAAAUAUUGAGGUUGGAAUACAAGCAGAGCAAACAGAGAAAAUAGUACAUACAGAGAAACGUUUAGACAAUGCAAUAAAUACUGGUAGUGUAGAUGUUAGCAUAGUGAAACCGACAGAGACAGAGAUACCAGCAGUGGAUAACACAGAGAUAUCGAUAGUAGAUAAUAUAGAGAAACCAACAGAGAAACUGGUAGGUACAUAG